AUGGCCGCUCAACCUGUUCCACCAAAUUGGAAGGAUCUCGGCAAGAGUUCUAAUGACCUCUUGACGAAAGACUUUCCUGUUUUUGGAACUAGCUUGGAGGUCAAGACGAAGACUCCUUCCGGUGUUACGUUCAAAGUCGCUGGAACCCGUGAUGCUCGCUCGUCGCUCAUCACUGGUGACAUCGAGGCCAAGUAUGCAGUACCUAAGAAAGGUCUUACGUUCACUAAGACCUGGACCACUGCCAACGUCCUCCGUGCUCAACUCGAACUCGAAAAUCAAAUUGCCGAGGGUCUGAAGAUUGAUGUUACAAGCUCGCUUGCCCCUGAGAAGGGAGAUAGGACCGCACUCAUCACUACAAUCUACAAGCAGCCCGGCGUUCACUCUCGUGCCUUCCUUGACGUUUUCAAGGGUCCCACGGUCACUGCUGACACUGUCAUCGGCCGUGAUGGCUUCCUAGUUGGUGGAGAGACAUCGUACGAUGUCACCCAGGGCACUUUAACCAAGUACGCUGCGGCCGUCGGUUAUAGUGCCCCUGAUUACGCUGUCGCCCUUCAUGCCCUGGGCAAUGGCAAGACGUUCUCUGCAAGCUACUAUCACCGAGUUAACAGGGAUGUUGAGGCUGGUGCUAAAGCUGUGUACGACACCAAGUCCACGGCUAACGGCAUCGCACUCGAAGUUGGUGCUAAGGCCUACCUUGACCCUGCCGCCUUCGUCAAGGCGAAGAUCAAUAAUGCCGGUAUUCUGGUCCUCGGAUACACCCAGACCCUUCGCCCGGGAGUCAAAGCAUCAUUCGGCUUAGCGCUCGACACACAACGACUUAGCGAUGCAACGCCAGGUCCAUCCGCGCACAAAAUCGGGGCGAGUUUCACGUUUGAGGGUUAA